AUUCCAAACCUGCCCUAAAUACAUGUAGAUAUAUAUAAGCAGAGGUCUUGCCCUUAAGACUACAUGCAAUUCAUUCCUUCAAAAUCAGUUUGUUUGUCUGCAGCAACUUACUAAGGAAGCAUGAAGGCUAAUCUGGUUCAACCAGUUCCAUUUCCUGAGGUUCAUAAAGAAGAUAAUUAUGAAAGGUGGCACAUUAUCAUGCAACACUAUUUAGUGGCUCAAGACCUUUGGGAUGUGGUUCUAUCCAGCGAGAUGCCUGAUGGAGAAGACCCAAGGGAGUGGAUUAAAAAGAAUGCUUUAGCUCUGUAUGCAAUUAAGAUUUCAUGUGAAGCAGAAAAGUUCGAUCAGAUUAAAGAUAUUAAUUCGGCCAAAGAUGCUUGGAAUGCAUUGGCUGACUUGCAUAAACAACCAAAUGAAGAUGGGAACAAAGAUACAGGAAUCAAGACUGUUGAAAGGAAACAAGCCGUGACAUUGCUCAAGGACAUAGAAAAGGGGGAUUCUGAUGCUGUAAAGAAACUCUUGGAAACACAUUCUUCAUAUUCUGCAAGAGCAUUAGAAAACGGUUCCACUGCUCUUCAUGUAGCAAUUACCGCUGGCAAGAUAGAGUUGGCUAAGGAACUGACUUCGGUGAUGUCAGAAGCAAGGGAGUUGGAAACACAAAAUGAGACUGGUAAGACAGUUCUUCACUUGGCUGCUUGUAUGGGAAGUAGAGAGAUUGCAGAAUGUUUGGUUAGAAAGAACAAAAAAUUGCUUGAAAUCCCAGAUUGUGAGAAGAGGAUCCCACUUGUAUUGGCAUGUGCCACAUGCCAUAAGUCUUUGACUCUUUAUCUUUAUUCGGUGACACCUAUUGAAAUUCUAGAUCCAGUAAAUGGAGACCGCGAAUUCUUCCUCCUCAUGGAGUGUUUAAGGAACCGUAUGUUUGAUUUGACAUUUCACAAAAGCUCUUUGGAACCAACCCCUAUUAUUUCAGAGUUGGUCCAAAUACUAUCAUCACUGUUUGCUGGGAUUUGGUUCAGGCGUCUUCCAUUCUGGGAAUGGCCACUAUAUAUAGUAUUGUGUAAAGUACCUAUCAUUGAGGAUCUGCUGGUUGGUGAUAAAUGGAAAACCCUCCUAAAAAAGCCAGAAGUUAAUCCCGACAUAGUUUGGAGCUAUGACUCCGAACACUCAAGAGACAUGUUAAUGUAUGCUGUAGCACAUCGUCAAGAGGAAAUUGCCAAGUUUCUUUAUGGACUAAAUGCGUGAAGGAACAUGACGGAGUUUACCACAGAUGACGACCAAAACAAUAUGUUACAUCUGGCCGCAAAGGUACCUCCCAGCUCUCCCCCUAUUCAUCAUUUCCCUGAUCCCGUUCUUCAGAUGCGAAGCGAAGCCAGCAGGUAUUACCGUUCUUGGUGGUAAUAAUAGUGGGGAUGGCUUCCCCAUAUUCUCUAAAAGAGGAUAUUUUAGGCUAUUCAUAGGAUGGGAUGUAGUUUCUGUCUAUUUAGCAUCUCUUUCAAUCGUGUUGUUUUUGGAUAUCCACAAAUCGAGUCUUACCGAAGAAGAUUUCCUACGUGGAUUCUUGACUUACAAGUUGGCCAUGAGCUUUUAUUUCCUCUUCUUGUCCAUUGGAAUGACGCUAGUUUGCUCUUUCGCUUCUAUUAAACUUGUGGAUCGCCG